GCCGCCCGCGGGGAGUCCCCUGGGCCGGCGCCCGGGGAAGUCCCUGCGCGCGGGUACAAGAGGGCGGCGCGGCGGGAGCGCGCCACCGGCCCGCAGCCCCAGCCAUGUCGCGCGGCCUCCAGCUCCUGCUCCUCAGCUGCGCCUGCAGCCUGGCGCCCGCGGCGCAGGAGGUGAAGGUGGCUUGUUCCGAGGAUGUGGACUUGCCCUGCACUGCCCCCUGGGACCCGCAGGUCCCCUACACGGUCUCCUGGGCCAAGCUUACAGCGGGCGGUGAAGAGAGGCUGGAGCUACCCCAGGAAGAUCUGCGCCUCGGUGGGCAGCGCUAUCAGCAGAAGGAGCAGACGGGCUCUGUGGAGGCUCCCAGUGAAAGGCUAUAUUCCCUGAAGAUCAGAAACACUACCAGCUGCAGCUCGGGCACAUACAGGUGCACUCUGGAGGACCCGGAAGGGCAGAGAAACCUAAGUGGCACCGUGAUCUUGAAGGUGACAGGAUGCCCUAAGGAACCCAAAGGAGAGACUUUUAAGAAAUACAGAGCUGAGAUUGUACUGCUGUUGGUUCUGGUCGUUUUCUACUUAACACUCAUCAUUUUCACUUGUAAGUUUGCACGACAACAGAGUAUUUUUCCAGAUUUUUCUAAACUUGGCAUGGAACGAGCUUUUCUCCCAGUCACCUCUCCGAAUAAGCACAUGGAGCCAGUGACUCUUCACAAGACGGAACUGGUGUGAGCAGGAUUGCUGUGGGUUGUUUUCUCUAAAGUCAAAGGCUCCGUGGUGUGUGUGUGUGUCACACUGGACAAGAGAAGAAUGAGCUGCACACCGAAGAUGACAUCCUUCCUGUGAAGUCCUUCACGGAAACAUCUGAAAGUGGAUCCCAGCCCACUUCUGGGGAGCAGGAUCUUGAGAACCAUUACAUGACCUCAUAGCGUGGGGACUACGGGCAGGGUGCCCUCUAGAGCUGGAUGUCCGCGGCUGCUUCUUACCAUUUUAUUCAGCUAUCUGGUCAACCUCUUGGAAACUUUUUCAGUCGUAUGAAAGCUAUGGGGAGAUGCAGUUGGAAAAGGAUCUGGGGAAAUAUGAAUGCCCAGAGCUGGCCCUGUGACAGACUCUUGAGGACAGCUUUCCUCUUCCACAUCUGGGAAACAUCUCUUUGAGUUUGCUGUGUUUUCUUGCACUAGCCCAGAUGUUUUAUGUCUGGGAGAAAUUGACAGGCCAAGCUGUGAGACAGUGGGAAAUAUUUAGCAAAUAAUUUCCUGGUGUGAAGGCCCUGAUAUUACUAAGGAGUAUUAUGUGUACAUAGAAAUAACAGGUCGAUGAACUGUUCCCCAAGAGGGCCUUUUCAUCUGGGAAAGACAUCCAUAAAGAAGCAAUAAAGAAGAGUGCCACAUUUAUUUUUAUAUCUAUAUAUACUUGUCACAGAAGGAUUUGUGUUUUUUCUCCUUUUGAAAUCUAUGUCUACAGUUAGCUAUUAUUGCUAACUGACAAGCAACCUGAAUAUGGCGAGUGAGAAGAAGUUGGAGAAGGUGACAACAGGACAGAGAGCUAUUUAGUGACCUGAUGGAAAUGCUGGACCAGUCAUGCAAUCUGGUUGCUAGCCACCGUUGUCCCACUACCUAGCUGUGUGAUCUUGGGCAAGAUCCUUAUGGUUUCUACAUUCUCAGUUGUAAACCAAAAGUUUGUUGCAUGAGUUGAUUGAAAUAAUGUAUGUGAAAAGUCUUUGAAAAAGUAUAAAGCACUAUACACAUUCUAAA